AUUAAUGCAACUUUAAGUGAAAAUCAAGUAAAUAAUACAAGAGAUAAAAUUUUCUUAAAUGAUGAAUUUAAUGAAGAUUCUAAUUUAGCUGAAAGAAAUAUUUAUCCUGCAGAUAAUACUUUAGCUAAAUGGGAUUUGAUUACUUUAUUUGCGGAUAAUUUAGAACCUCUAUUUUAUUUGAUGAAUAGCUAA